CUAAUUUAUUCCCUAACUAGGCCUAAUUAAUUUACUGUUCCAACUCUACCCUCUUUUAUUUUCAACCUUCCUUAUUCACUUUUUACGCACCCCAAGUCCCAACACCUCUCUCUCUCUUCUCUAUCUUCUCUCUCUCUUUCUUCCCUUCUCCCCUUCACCUCCAAUCUUUCCUCUCUACUGCAACCCCAAUCCCACAAACAAUAUUAGAUCUUCUACUUCGACAACAUGGGCGACUCGGCAACGUGUGACUCCGGAAACGUGUGACUCCGAUGACUUGGUGCUCCUCCGGCGGCGUGGUUCCACUCCGUCGACUUUGUGCUCCUCCGGCAGCGUGGUUCCACUCCGGUGACGUGGUGCGACUCCGGCGACGUGGUGUGAAUCCUUUCUCUGGUGUCCCAGUGAAAAUGAUGAACGUCAGAGGCCUUGCAGAUCUGAAGAAGAAAAAACCCUCCAAGGGCCCGAGGGGGACGGACGCCGGUGUCCCAAAACCCGCCGGUGACUUCUUCAAAAAACCGGAGGGGCCGUCGGUGGGCCCAAGUGCUGAUGCUGCCGCUGCCGCCAAAAGGAAGUGCUCGGGCAGAGAUCCCGAGGGCAAGAAGCCCAAGACCGGGGAUGCCGGGAAGAAAGUCCCCCCGGUGAUCAUUGUUGAUGAAGGCCCUGCCUCCGGGGCGAAUGAGGACAUGCAGGUGGCGAAAGUGCCGUCGGGAGUUCAGGGGCCAUCUUCCGAGGUCCUCAUGGUUUCCCUCCCGGCUGGUACGGCCGUGAUGAACGGUACGGCCGACCCGAGGGCGCUUCUGAGAGGCAUCACCCUCGAGAUUGACAGAGUAGCCCUCGGGGCUGAUGAAGACGAAGCCCUCGAGGACAGGAUCCUCCGGUCUUCCCUCACAACCUGCAUUGCCCUCGGGGAGCAAGCCCGGCGGCUAGAGGAGUGGCGCCUUCGCAAGGCCGAGCAGGAGGCCAAGAUGCGGGAGCUCAUCCGCCAGAAUGCAGACGCUGUUCGGCAGAUGGCUAUGCUGGAGGAGAGCCUUCGGCAGAUGACCCUGCGGGCGGAGGCCGCAGAUCGGGGCAGGGCAGAAGCCGAGAGGUCCGCAGCUGAGGCCUUGGAGAGAGCUGUCAAGGAAGCCGAGGCCGCGAAGGUGGAAGCCGUCGAGAGAGCCCGAGGGGACGCAAUCUCGGGGUUCUUGGCAGGGGGGUGGCGGUCCGAGGAGCACAAGCAAUGGUUGUCCUCGGUCGUCGAGUCCUCGGUCGACGAGUGGUGUGAUGGGCCUGGCGUGGAGUGGGUUUCCCGAAAGGGUAAACAAUACUAUGAUGGGGGCGAGUUUUUCACUCAAGCCCUCAUCUACCGGAGGAUGGCUCGCCACUUGAAGAUCGAGCCAAAGGACUUUGACCCGGCAGCAUACGGGCUCCCCCCCUUGCAGCCAGACAUCCACGUUCCUCUUCCCCCCGAUGUUGAGAGGCCAGACCUGGAGGACUCUGAGCUCAUGAAGGAAGCCGAGGGCGACGAACCUGAGGCCGACGCAGAAGUCACCUCGAAGCCAUCGGGGGAGGCGGCCCCCGGGAAUGACAUUAUUUGAUAUGCAUUUUUUAUUAUGUAAACAUGUAUUUGUAAUGGUGACAUUAUUCAUCCUUCGGCUUCGGCCUGCUUGUAACAUUUAUUCGUAAUCACAUUCGCCCUCUGUUUGUUGAUGAUUGAAUGAUUGC